AUGAUCCUGGUGCUGAUCCUAGCCCUCUCAACCUUUCUGACAGGUGGCGGGGUGUGGGCAGACCCGUUUCCCUAUGCGGGACGGGGGGACGAGUGGCCAACACCAGAGCUGUACUACCAGAGGACGGGCUCCAAGCAAGCCCCGCCCCUCAAACCCAAACCAAAGGGCCAUCACCAGCAACAGCCGGGCAAACUGAACCUGCGGCAAUUCGACCACCUGACGGAGGCCAUCAGCCGGCUGCAGCUCUCGGGGCCGGGCCACAAGCCUCCGCUCGCACUACCAGAUGAGGACACUCCUUCGCCGCAGGAGGCGGUGUACGGUGGCGGCGUGGAACGAGCGGCUCUCUUGCUGCCGGAGGGCAAACACCGCGUGCGCUCUCUGGCACGUCGACAUGCCAGCCGAGAGCACGACAAAGUAGCCAAGACCAAGCUGCCCGGCAUGCUGCCUACCGACGACAGUGUUGCCUAUGACAGCGCCACGCUGGGGGAGCUGGCGGCAGGUGCCAGGCAGUUGCUAAAGGACAAGAGCACGACGCGGAAGAAGGACGAGCGGAAGAAGGCCCGGGAGGACGAGAAGACAGAGAAGCGCCGCCUCAAGGAAGAGGAGCGGCAGAAGCGGCUGACGGAGAAGAAGAAGAAGAAGCAGGGGAACAGUCCAGCCGGAGUGACCCCAGCGGCGGCGCUCGAGGAGUUCGCUCAGUCGGAUGCCGUGCGCACGCCCCUCUUCGUGGAGCAGUGCGUGCGCUUCAUCGAGCAGGAGGGCCUGGACUCAGAAGGGCUGUACCGGGUGCCGGGCAACCGGGCGCACGUGGAGCUGCUGCUGCAGCGGCUGGACGAGGGCGCCGACCUGGUGGCCGAGCUGGGCUCCUCCGAGCUGCCCGUCAAUGCGGUGGCCACCGCCCUCAAGGACUUCUUCUCCAAGCGGCUGCCCCCACUGCUGUCGCACGCCCACAUGGCACGCCUCACUGAGAUCGCAGGCCUAUCUGACCGCAGCUGCCGGCUGCUAGCCUUGAGAGAGCUCAUCAAGAGCCUGCCACCUGCAAACUUUGAAAUCCUCAAGUUCAUCUUCCAGCAUUUUGUUCGGGUGGCCGAGAACUGCCGCCUGAACAGCAUGGACAGCAAGAACCUGGCCAUCUGCUGGUGGCCCACGCUGCUGCCGCUCGAGUUCAGCGACAUGGGCGUGUUCGAGCGUGUGAGGCCGCACCUCGAGGACGCCGUGCAGACCAUGAUCGACCAGUUCCGCUUCCUCUUCUGCGACCAGGACGAGGUGCUCAGCGUCUGACCGUUCUCUCGUUUUUUUAUCUCCGCCGCCGCUGCUACCAUUACUGCUACCAUUACUACUCUGGCGCUCGCUGGUCUCGGGUCUGACCGGCCGAACGGUGCGGCGGCAUGUUCGGCGUGGCGUUCCUCCCGUGGCCCCCGUCUCGUGCCGACCCCGCAUUUUCUCGGCUGCCACCGCUACGUCUGAGGAGCGCCGUCGUCUUCAAGAAUCUCGUGUGGCCGACGUCGUCGAGUGCUGUGUGUGCGUGUAUGUGUGUGCGUGCACGCACGUUCGUGGCGGUGCUGAGGCGCUCUUAAUUUAUUCGUCGAUUUGACGCCGAGGCCGUGCGGUGAGGCGCCGUGCCCGGCGCUGGGGUGCCGAGGUUGUUUUGUUUUGUUUCGUUUACGCCCCCUUCAUUUAUUAUUUUUUUUCUUUCCUCGGCGCGACCCUGUGAUAUUUGUACAUUUUUAUUCCUCAAAGGUCCCAUGUACAUUUAUUCCCACAGCUAGUUUUUUCUUCCUGGCACUGCUUCUGUGUCUGACGUCUUUUGUACAGUGCAAGCAGUUAUUAUUAUUUUUUUUUUUUGUGACAGGAAAUGGGGGGGGGGGGGGUUGGUGCUCGCGGGCCUUCUGACUGUGGAACGAAGCGACUUGCUCUUCGGCUGCCGUCGACUCCCACCAUCUUCUUCGAGUUUUCGUACCUUUUUUUUUUUCGGUUUCCUCCUUACACGCAUGCCUGGAACAAUCUUCCAUGUGACCGAAGACCGCACUUGUGGAAAGCCUGUCUCUUUUUGCGUUUUUUCGAGCCUAGGUGUUGCCGCGCAAAAAAAUCAAAGCCACUCCCCACCCACACCACUUUUGACUCCAAAGUCGGUGUGGCGUGACAAUUGGCAGCUUUUACUCUUUAUUUUUGUCAUGACAUGUGGUCGUGAUUGACACCAAAACUGCGAUCGUGACAUGCCAGCAUUGUUGUGUGCAGUUUUAGCUUUUAUUAUUAUCAUUUAUUUCGUUUUUCAAAAAUGAAUGCCAGUGCGAACGUUCUACUCGGUAAAUAGACUUCUUUAAUUAAAGAAACGUCGGACCAGGUUUCGACUGAGCUACACGGCCAAAAAACAUGGCGGUGACGUCGCGAAACGUGGACGAGUGCGUGAUCUUGGAAAUGAUUUUUGAAGUGCUGCACUCGUAACUGUCAUUUAUAAACUCGGCUUGCCGCAAUGUUUUGUGUAAUGACACGACACUAGAGAGACGGCUUUACUCUUUUGAAUGAGUUGUUUCGUUUGACCCAUUGCUUGCAUGAAAACCAUAAUGAGUAUAUUGGUGUCAUCAUCUCGCCAUUGUGGUGUGGAUAGAACACUGACAUUGCUGUGAAUGUUUGCCAGGAAAUGUACAGUAGCCACCUGAUUUUUGAGCCUUGAAGAGCUGUGCAUGGGGAAUUAAAAGGGACUGGGAAAAGUGACAUUUUGAUUUGACAUUGGCAUGGCAUUUAGACUUCAUGAGACGGCAAAACUUGUUGCCGUCACGCAUCAUUAAGGCUGGGUAUGGUCACAUUGCUCUUUAAAAAAAAAAAAAAUCGACUUAAGUUGUGUGCACAUUUUUUUCCCCGUCUGCAGUCAUGCGGCUGCUGCGGUGAUGACAGGAAGGUAGCGAGAAGCGUGCGAUGACCUCGUGACUUGCUCUCUGAUUGCUAACACUCCUGACAAAAUCAUUGAUGUCUCGCUUUGGACGUGUGUCUCUAAUUGAAUUAAUCAAAUCACCUCGCACUUAGGCCUAGCGCUCAAACGGUACAAGGACUGCGUAGUGUCCCAUCAUAAAUCGUGCAGCUAUGGGUUUUACAAUGCCAGUAUUCAAAGUGCACCAUGUUACGUGCAAGAAAAUCAAACAAAUCGAGUGCUUUUUCGAUUACUGUGUGGCACCACGGCCAGGUCAGAGGGAUCGGAUUCGGAAGAAUCAGUCGGCUACUGUAUGUGUGGAAAUUAAUGAGCAGUUCACUGGCUGAAGGAACGACGUGAUUUGGCACCCAUAUUGAUUGUAGCUCUAAAGUAUUCUCUGCAGUGUCGUCAGUGUUGGAAGCGUUCGAGUCACGCAAUAAGCGCAUCAUUGUGACAAAUGAAACACGUGCUGUGGGUCAUCUGCCUCGUACGGUGACCACCUGAGGCUUAUGUUGGCCAGAACUAAAGCGCAUUCGCUGUGCGGCAUAAAAUAGCGGACAUGCGGAUGCCGUACGGCACCGCGCCGAAAAUCUCAGCAGUAUGUCUCAAGUGGUCACUGUUCGAAAGUGCUCGUAUGUUGAAAUCAAAACUUAGAAACAUUUUCGGCAGCGAUCCUUGUAAAGCUCUGCAUUAUGGUGCCAUGGAGAGAUUUCACUCAAUGCGUGCGCUGGGGUUUCCGAAUGCGGCAGAGCUGUGGAACCGUUGAACGCUUGAGCCUCGCGUGUCCUGUUGAACCAGCCUCUCAUAUCCUCACAAGGUACACCGCGGAUUGGAUUUCUGGGCAGGCGGGAUUUUGGAAACGCUACUGCGUUUGUAGCGGCUGUGAAAAAAAAGCGUUGCAGCCGAAGUGACAGCCAACCUUCCUAGACACAUCUCGAUUCAGUGUGCUUCACUCCUUCGGUUCGCUUCACUACUGUUGCCGUUCACUAAUUAGCCUUGGGAAGGUCACUCCUACGCAAUCACCAAUGGAGUGGAAGCGCCGAGCGACGCUUAGAAGAGCUAUCACGUAGAGGCGGAACAUUUUCGGCAGUUUUUUUCACUGACGUCUUCUGCUUUGUUGGUUGGUGGCAUUAUAGUGUUGUUAGGGUUUUUUUGUUCACAUGGCCGUGAGCAGUAGCACUGUUAUCGUUGGUGCACAAAAAUCUGCCACACUUUGACCUUGUUCGCAGUAACAAUCUAAAGACCAAAAAUUUGCAUUCGUACUGCCAUUCCAAGCACCAUCUCAUAGAAUCAAAUUCUGCCUUGAUUGCAGUGCGUCGUGCAAGAAACCACCUUCCAGCGUCUAUUAUACAUGAGUGAUUUGCAAUUCGACGUGCCAGAAAACACCUCACAUCUCUUUAGUUGGUGUACUUCAGCGUUCACUGUUCUUGCCUCUGCAUUUCAUAGGGUCACAGAUGCAAUUCAAGCUCGUUGAAGGACUGAGUGGCUUUAGUAAACACCGCAGUUUUUCCAUUCCCUAGCUGAAACACGAAUAAGUCCAUGGAACUUAUUUUCAGGAGCACCGCCAUGCGUGUGCUUUGCUUUCGCAAGUUUUUUUCCAUUCGUUGCCGCCUAAAAUUUGACUGCAAGUGCGUAGUAUGGCUGCAUCGUGGGCAUGACAUGUUUUGCUUAAUGUUCCCACAUUUUCCUUCGCACACAUUAGCACUGUGUGAAAGCCACUGUGCUUCAUUUCUUACUACAAAAGUGCCAAAGCCGCAUAGCUUGCGCUGCAGUGCCAUGCUAUCUUAACCUUCUUGUGUUGUUGUUAUUCAGUACUGCAGAAAAUGAGGCUGUUCUGUUGCACGUUUUUUGUUGGAAUGGUGCAGCAGCUUCGCCUUGUAAGAAAAUUCAUUCCUAGCUUACGCCGUGGUGCCACACAUUUUUGUGGUUCUUAACCAGGCUUGAUUGGCUGUAGAGGUUGUACACAGGAAUAGAAACUGCUCCCACAGUGUUUUACUUCCAUAUCAUGAAUUAUCAGUUAUGACAAAGUAAGUUAAAAAUUUGUGCUUUUUUAUAUCACCAUGUGUCAUUGUAGCAAACAUCUCAUAUAAUGUAGGUAUUCUUGUAUCAAAAGUAACUUCAUUACAAUGCAGCUUGGCCAUAUACAACGACCGGGCGUUCUAUUUGCCUUAGGACACUGUGCUUUCAACAACACGUUGCAUGCCAAGUAGCAUGCCUUGUCUACAAACUUUUGGCUGUAAGAUUCAUUGCAUGCAGACUUUUCAAUUUUCAGUAGUAACGGUUACGUGUUCGCUGUCUGGGCUACUUCAGCUUUGAGAUCAGUGACGUUGUUGCAUACCCAUGCGUUUUCUUUUUUUUUUUUUUGUCCUCAUCGUUAUUUGCUGAGCGUAAGUGUGCCAUAACGUGUGCUUAGCCUUUCUCGUCUUUGAGCUGCAGGGCUCAAAGCGUCGACAUUGCUUUGCAAAGAUGAGUGUUUUUGCGAUCCAGCCAAGACUUUUGCCGAGCACCUUUCUUGUCAUGUUCGUAGUUUAGAAAAACGAAGUUGCACUCAGGCUCCUCAUGCAAAACCAGCUUUAAGAGCUAAAUGGCCAUUUAUGUGCGCAUGUUCCACCUCAUUCUUUCUUAUUAUUUUUAAAAUUUUUAAUAUGAAUGACAUGGGUUUAGAAAUGUUUUAUUUCUGUCUUGUGACCGUCAAGACUUGCAUUUUCUUACAAGCUAGCCUAUAACUGAGUGUCCCACACGGACAUCAAGCAAUUGCAGCAGGCUGCUUGCAUUUACAUCUUCACCGAUCAUUUCUUAGCUCCUCCAUAAAGUUUUGCUUUGCCAUGGAGUUGCCCGUUCAAGAAAUGCCUAGUGUGCACACUAGUACGGCACGUUAUUGCUAGUCCAUGUCCUAUGUCCACCUUCUGAAGCGAGGCUCGACCGGCAUCGUCGAGUAGGUUAGAUUCUAUAGCUCUCGCCACUGUACAAGAAUGAACUAAACGUCGAAAGUUCUCGAGGCACGCAACUCCCAUGGAAGCAAGCCGGUGUCUCCGGUGUUGCGAAGAAGCCUACGCAUCCCCUGUCCCACAAUACUCUGUCUCCCUUGGGAAACACGUGAACUUGAUUUUUUUUUUAACUUGAACCUUGAGCACAGUACUGCGUAUUUUCAGACUUGAAUCUCGAGGCAGUUGUGGCUUUCAAAUACCCGACUCAUCGACCUGCAUUUGUCACGUGCUUGUAGGGCAGCACACACGUACGUACUCACCAACUCGUCAGAGUGAAGCAACUAUAGCUAUGGGUUAUAUCGAUUGGUCAUGUGCAGGGCAGAUGGCGCUAUUGUCCAAUUUCAGUCGAGUGUGUCCACUGAUGGUUUAGUAUGUGUAUUAUUUCUAUGUGGGCAUAUCGAAGCUGAGGUUCAUCUUGAUGACCUUCAGUUCUCCAGAUCUGUGUUCAAGUUCCCUGUCUCACGAAGACAUUUCCCAAGGAGCACACUUUCAUUAUUGGCUGAUGCAGUAGAAUCCUGUCUUCACGGAUAAAGCGAAAGCAUGCUGUAGGCCAAUUCUCUCUUGCUGUGUCUAAUGUAUUUAUCAACCUCCAUGUCGGUCUUCUUCUGACAGCUCAGUCAUCGACUGUCCUAUGCUAAGGCCACAGGCUGAAGCUUCAUAGCCAAGCGAAGCAACAAAGUAGGCAAGAUUUCACUAAUCACUAUUGCUUGUAAGUAAGGUAAACAGUUUAGUAGUAAUCUUUUAAGUUAUAGCUUCUGCACAAAACUUGGCCUGUUUUUGAAUCAUAUGUUUUAUGGCAAGGGUGUCUUGAUUUGCACGCUUAGGUUAUUUCGGAGAUCAAACAAUUCAUUGCAGCCAUUGGCAGCCAGUGUAUCAAUGCUAUUUGCAAUUGAACCUUCCACUUUCACAGUUCAUUGUUACAGCUAAUGCUCCUCAAGGACUGCCUCCGCAGGGUUGAGAAAUGGAAUACAGCCACUGUUGUUGGACAUGGUUCAAGAUGUGCGAUCCUGUACCUCAGUAUCGGUAGCUGGCCCAUGUCGUUGUCCACAUAAUUUGCAUUGAGGGCGAUGUUUCCAGCGAGCAGCACGGUCUCAAAGACAAUUCAGGUUUAUUUCAUGGUUUACAUAUGGACAGCACACCCAGUAUUACAGUGUGUGUGUGUGUCGAUAUGUUGAGCUGUAUUCAUUUCUUAAUGCACAACUGCAGCAUACUGGUAGAUAAACCACUGGAGUGCUAACUAAUCAUUUUGGAUGAAGGAACAGAAAGCAGGCCAAUCAGGAGGACCAUCUACUGCACUUUAACAUUCCAUUGACUAAACGUGAAACUAUUUUGCAAGUUCAGAAGGAACGCUGAUGUAAAUACUUCUACCGAGCAUUUUUAAAAACAUGGUUAGUGAAAUUGUUCGUCGUAUCGUCGUAACAGCUUCUUCGCUGAGGUCCACACCGAUGUAAACCACCGUACUCCGAGGACAAGGCCGUCCAGGUAGCUGUCGUAGGAGAGCGAGAAGUGCGCGACUGCGCCGAUCGUGUUUGUAUCCGAGCACAGUGGUUCCUAAAUGGCCCGACGUUGUUUGCUUCCUGUAAGGAAACUCUCCAUGGCACCUUAAUCAUGUAUACCGAGCUGGACCUUAUUUUACCAUGCAUUUUAGCAAGCCUUAGAAACUUAUCAUUUUCGCUACUCAUCUUGUGGUAACAGUCAAAGUUUUAUUGCGAGCGUUUCAUCCCCGGAACAUGCAGCCGUGCCAUUGCGGGCAUUGCAUGUGCCACCACACACUUAGUGCUGCUUGGUAUAAAAAAAAAAUGUUGUCCGAGGAUGUGGUGCAGCUUUUUGUCACUCGUUUUUCCAAGCGCCUGUGCGCCACGUCGUCGCCGCAAACUGGCCAAACACAAAGCCGGGGCCUGGUUGGUUAAGAGGGGUGCAGAGGUUCCGAGAUUCUCAAGUAUUUUUUCACGGGUGCCCCGUACUAUGUCUGUCUCUCUAUCUCUCUCUGUCUCGGCCCUGCGAGUGCUGUAUUGUCUCGAGGUUGCAUCAGAGGUGCCCGCCAGGGGAGGGGGUUGUGCUCGAACGGUGAUACGGAGGACUGUGUUGUGUGACCACCACUCGUAGCCGAAAAAAACGUAGCAUGCCUGUGUGUGUGUAUGUGUGUGCGUGCGUGUCUAGGUGAUGAUGUGUGCGUGUGUGUGUUCCGUUUCCCUGGAAGCCUUUGCGCGUGGUGGGCUACACCUCCUCUGCCGGGCGGAGAUGAGACUGGGGGACCGGACGAUCGAGAGUGUGUAUCAUAUGGCACGUGCUUUGUGCCCAGAGACGUGUUUGUGAGUGAUGUAAAAGAAAAAAUAAUAAAAGUGAAUUAUAGAGCUAGGA